ACCAGUAACUCGUCUAACUGCUUGUUCUAUUUCUGUCUGUUAUCCAGCAACGUUUUCACACACUGAACUAGAGGUGAACCAAGAGCCCAGAGGAGCAUUAUGGGAAGCUCAAAGAUAAGCGGAAGCGUAAAGUGAAAGUUUCCUGGCCAGUGCUCAUAAUCCGCGAUGGAGCUCAAGGAGAAAACUAUCAGGUCAUUAAAGACAUACGAUAGUGGCGACGAGUUUUCCCACUUACCUGCCCUUCCUAAAGCUUCAGUGCUGAUUCCUCUGCUGCUGAGAGACGGACAGCUGCACAUGUUACUGACCGUGCGCUCAAUCAAUCUCAAGCAGCACGCAGGCGAAGUGUGUUUCCCUGGAGGAAAGUCAGAGUCCGGCGACACCGAUGAAACACACACGGCUCUGAGAGAAGCUCAGGAGGAGAUCGGCCUUCCUUCACACACAGUGGAGGUCAUCUGCAAACUCUUCCCCAUCCUAAACAAGGCCGGUCUUCUGAUCACUCCGGUCAUUGCUUUCAUCGAGAGCUCCUUCGAAGCCCUUCCGAAUGCAGAUGAAGUCAGCAAGGUCUUCACUCUUCCACUGGAGUUCUUUACUAAAGAGGCUGAUCAUUCCUGCUAUCCUGUGUCCAGCAUCUUCAGCCCCACCCAUAGUUUCAUGUACACGGACCCCCGCACAGGCAACAUUCAUCAGAUCUGGGGUCUGACAGCCGCUUUGGCCAUAACUGUUGCUGUUCUUGCCCUCGGAAAGAAGCCAGAGUUUGAGGUUGGCUUCGACUUGAAAGAUCCAGUUUCUGGGUUUAAAGACGUUCUUAAUCGCAGACUAAGCAAGUUAUGAAAGACACACAUUCAGUGUUUCUGGUCAUACUGAAAAUGAUUGUAAUUGAGCUGUAAACUGAAGAGCAAGUUUGGAUAUUCAAUAUAUAUAACUGAAAAUAUCAGUAUUACAUGCAAAGCUUUAUAUGAAAAUUAAAGUUGUUGCCCUGACAACUAACUGAAAUAAAUUAUGGCUAAAGUACUACUAAAACUAAAUGUAAAAAACCUACUAAAAAUGGCAAAAGCUUGUAACAAAAUUUCUCAAAUUUAAAACUAAAAAUAUAAAAUUAAAAUAUAAUUCAAAAUAAUAAGAAAUACUGUAACGUUUAUAAAUAAUACUAAAAUAACACCUCACAUUCAUAUUUACAGCUCUGAGAUGUCAGUAAAUGGUCACAUGACAGGUAAACAAAUUAUUUUUUUUCUUUUAAACCAAGCCUAUUUAUUUGAUUUUACUUUAAAAAUGUAUUUAUUUUAAUUUUACAUUUUUUUUCCCCCUCACAAAUCCAAGUUUGUGAAAUCUUCACUUUAGGGAUUUGUCCACUAGAGGUCAUGCUCGCCUAAGCAAACACACUUGUGCCAUACGUUGAGCCUGAGCAUUUUAGAUUUUAAAAUACAAAAAAACAUAUAAGAAAUAUAAUCACAUUACAGUGUUUCACUAUUGUUUCACUAAUAAAAAAUAAAAAAAUGAGAGUCUUCAAAUAAAAGGUCUAUACUUGAGUGAGAAAUAAUGCACAGAAUCAUAAGGCAAACACUAUUUUAUUAACAAAUAUUACAAAAUAAAUAGACAUCUUCAUGUUUAUAUGUAAUCUUAUAGAACUAAAUGUAAAAUGUGGUGCUUGUAAUUUCUGGCAGGCACUUCGUUUCUACUGAUCUGACGAGUCAUUCCUUUUGUUUGAUUAAUGUGUUCUUAUGUCAUUCCAGUGAUGCUGUCUGUUUGUGGCACUGUCCCACCAUUAAAACUACUGCUAGUACCUA